CGUUAUUUACGUACAAUGUAUAAAAGUUUUCCCAUUUGUCACUUUUAAUGGUCAAAAUUAAAUGAAGGAUAUCAGGUCUAGUUGUGUACCGUGAACAAGGAUAACCAAAAUUAUUGUUGUAUGGGUUCUUCAACAUCAAAACAUCACUUCGAUGCAAAGUUUAUUUCAGAAACAUUAAUCAACGAUAUAGGUUGCGACAAUAAAGGUACGAUUCUGUGUAAAGACGAGGGUUUACCAUGUCUGAAUGGUGGAGUUUGCGCCCUUUAUAUAUCAAACAUAGAUGACAAAUGUAUCAAACGUUGCAGAUGUACUGAAGAUUACAUUGGUGACUAUUGUCAAUUUUAUGCUGGAUUCUAUUCCGCUACAAUUGGUUUAGUAGUUGGACUAUUUGUGACACUUUUAAUCAUUUUAUUCGCGGUUAUUUUAAUUUGGUAUUGUUGCGCACGAAAGAAAAGAAGAGAAAAAGAAAAUUACCAAGCUGAACGAUUACCACCGAGAACAUGUUUAUCUAAUCGAAUGAAUCGAAAUAAUUUGGUUUACGGCAGUAAUCGUGCAAUGAUGAAUAGUAAUAAUAAUAAUGAUAAUAAUAAUUUGACUAAUGAAAUUAAUGUGAACACUGUAACACCAUAUGCUAGUUUUGUUAAUCUAGCAGCACCAGGACAGACACAAGGAUACUCUACUUCGCAAUCGUUUAGUAUGUACGAAAAUGUCGAUUGGGCUGAAGAACUCAACUCAUCUAAAUAUGAUUUGAACGAUCCAACGUCAAUACAUAGUUACGAAACACAAGGUCAAAUUCAUCUCUUUGAAAUCGGUAAUUCGACUGAAACAUAUCUAAAUAGAAAUACAAUCGAUGAUAAAGAAACAUCUUAUUCAGAAUAUGGUCUGUUAACUGAAAGAUCAGUAACAACACAACCAGUAUCACCUGAUCAACGGGAAAUGAUUGCUUAACAAGGAAAUAUUCAUUACUACUUAGUGUUAAAAGUAGUAAAUAUACAUAUAUAUACGAUCCGAUGUUUUAAUUUACAAUAACUUUUCGUAAAAUUACUAUGCAUAUUAAACAUGGAUACAUACCGAAAUGUUUUUACUACAAACAGCCAAUCAUUUUGUUUCUCGUUAGAGCCAAUUUAAAAAAAACACUUUUUAUAACAAUCGUAAUCAUUAUGAUACAAUUAUUUUAAUCUAUUUCUUCGAAAAAAAAAGCCUAAUAUUGAAAAAAUUGUCAAUUCCUUUUUUUGUGUAUAAUAACAGAUGGUAUACGAAUAUUCUCAAUAACAGAUAACAGAUGAUAUAUGAAUAUUCUCAAGUUUUGUCUUGUUUCGUUUCUGUGUUCUGUUCUUUCCUGUUUCUUAUUUUGCUCUGACUUCAUUUUAACAAAUUCUAUCAAUUAACAAAAAUCAUAGUUCAGGAUAAAAAUCGCCCACUUAUCAUUUUCUCGAUUGCAUUCUACUUUCUUUUAUUUACAGAAAAGAAUGUUUAUUAGGUUGAAAAUGAAGAUAACUAACUAACUGCACAAAAAUUAAAAAAAAAAAGUGUAAAUUACAUAAUUUAAAAUUUACUGACUUUCACUCCUUUUUAUACAUUAACCUAAACACACUACCCUAAAUCAGUCUUCCGUAUAUCUUAUAUGAAUUAGAUGUACAAAUAAAAAAACAGGCAUAUUCUUGAUAUUUCAUUCAUCUUAUGCAAUAUUUCUUCUAUAUCUAUGAAAUUUCAUACUUCACUACUUAAUAAGCUGUAAAAAAAAGUUAUCAACAAAAGAAAAUGUCUUUCAUCAUUAUGAUAUAAACAGUC